UCGGCGGCGAAGAGAGCGGGCACGAACUGCGCAAACUGCGGAACGACGACGACAACGCUUUGGCGCCGAAACCAAAAUGGCGACCCCGUCUGCAACGCGUGUGGCCUCUACUACAAACUUCAUGCGGUCAACCGCCCGAUGACAAUGAAGAAGGAAGGCAUACAGACGCGGAACCGCAAGUUGUCGACGAAGAGCAAGAAGAAGAAGGGUCACCUUCAGCUAUCGGCGCUCUCCAUCCCGGAGAUCUGCAAGCCGCACCACGGCAUGGACUCCAAGUUCUCGUCGUUCGGCAGCGCCGCCGGUCUGUCACACUACAUGCCAACAGCGGUGACGUCGCAUCUCAGCCACUACGUACCGGCCGUCUCCAGCUCAUUCGCCAUGCCGCAGUCGCACCACGCCGCCAGCUCGCUGUCCUAUCACCACCAGGGCUCGCUGUCGUUCGGCACGUCGAAUGGCUUUAGCGGCAUCGUCGGCGCGCUCGCAUGAGGUGUGCCCCGCGAGAGGGCGCCGCCGUCGUCGCAUUAGUUCCGCGAGAUGGCGCCGCUGUCGUCGCAUGAGGUCGCCCCGCGAGAGGGCGCCGCCGUCGUCGCAUUAGUUCCGCGAGAGGGCGCCGCCGUCAUCGCAUGAGGUCGCCCCGCGAGAGGGCGCCUCCGUCGUCGCAUGGAGGAGCGCGCCGUUCUCCCUCUCCUCGUCUCCUCCCUUGAUGCUCCCGCUGACGGUGUGACGGGAGGGUUCCUGUUCCGACCUUCUCCCGCGCGGGCGGGGGGAAGGCGCGUGAUGUCUCGGCGCGCGAGAUCUAGACUGUGUGAUGCUGCGUGCAACGGGAAGGAAGGAAGGGUGGAGAGAGGAGAGGUAUUCGAGGAGGAGUAUGAGGAGGAGGAGGAGGAGGAGGGGAGACGCCUCAAGCAGCGACGGAAGGGAUCCCUGUGGAUACUUGAUGUCGAUACAUCAAUAUAAUGUAUACAAGAGGUGAAUACCUGUAUAACGUAUAUAAAUUAUGUAUACCUGUGGUGUAUACCUGUGUAAUGUAUACAAAUUAUGUAUACUUAUGGUGUAUACCUGCACAAUGUAUACAAAUUAUGUAUACAUGUGGCGUAUACCUGCACUAUGUAUACGUGUGGUAAAUAUCUGUAUGGAUUUGAGGAGGAAAACAUGAGCUUACUUACUUAUAACGAUGGUCCCGUAACAUAGUACGUGUGCACCGACUACCGGAUGUGUGUGUGUCACCAAGCCCUCGCUGUUUCUUUAUUUAAAUAAUCGUCACCACGUAUGUAUGUGUAUAUAUAUAUAUAUAUAUAUAUGUAUAUAUAUACGUGUGUGUUUGUGUGUAUGUGUAUAUCUAUAAUUAUAACGAGUCAAUGAAUAUCUUACUUUAUAUAGGAGAGAGAGAGAGAGAGAGAGAGAGAGAGAGCGAGAGAGAGAGAGAGAGAGAGAGAGA